AUGUCCGCCGACAGUACAGAGGACUUUGGCGGGAGUGCACUGUGCUUAGGGGACGUUGUGCGCUGGUACAAGGGACCUAGUUCUACGGCCCCCAUGGGUUGGAGCUUAGUGCCCAUCACCCUUUGCAGCAGCGUCCAAUCUGAGACGGGCAUAUGCGUGUGCAGUGGCUCGUACACGUCAAACACCAUCCAUCCUGCAUCUGUAUCAGCAGUAAUGCCCAAAGCGAUGCGCGUCAGUCCAUGGCGGAGCGUCGGGCGCUCAACAUUGGACCGCGAUGCGCUCUUUCAGAUGCACAAGACUGGUGACCAGCCUGGCCACGUUUUGCUCCGUCCGCGCCAGGAACCAGUUUGGCCCUCUGAUGGGUAA